AUGAUUCCGCGACUCCUCGUUCGAACGCAGUGCCCGCGGUGCGCAUCCCUCCUCCAGGCAGCGACACCAGCCUCGUCCACCCCGUCCCGGCCAUCAUGGCUGGCGCAACGACCCAUUGCUGCUGCUGCGAUCCAGCCCUUCCGCACAUCGACCGCGCGACGUCAAGCGCCAAAGACCACCGUCUCUUCGUCGCCGCCUAAAUCGCCGACACCGACCAAGCCACGCGACCAUGGUAACCUCACGCCCGAGGAGAAGAGCCCGGCUGCCCAGCGCAAGGCGGACUGGGCUAUUAUGCGGGAGAUGUCGCGCUACCUCUGGCCAAAGGGCGACAUGAACACAAAGACGCGCGUGGCCCUGGCCGUCGGCCUCCUCGUGGGCGGCAAGCUGCUCAACGUGCAGGUGCCGUUUUACUUCAAGUCCAUUGUCGACAGCAUGAACGUCGACAUUUCGACCAUAGGGACGGCGAGCGCAGUGGUGGGCAGCAUGAUUCUAGCCUAUGGCGGCGCUCGCGUGGGCGCCACGGUGUUCCAGGAGCUCAGGAAUGCAGUCUUUGCGUCCGUCGCUCAAAAAGCCAUCCGAGGCGUGGCUAGAAAUGUGUUUGACCACUUGCUACGGCUAGACUUGGGCUUCCACCUGUCGAAGCAGACGGGUGGCUUGACACGAGCCCUAGACAGGGGAACAAAGGGUAUCAGCUUCCUGCUGACCAGCAUGGUCUUCCACAUUCUGCCCACGGCAUUGGAGAUCAGUCUCGUCUGCGGCAUCUUGACGUGGCAAUAUGGCGCCAAGUUCGCGGCCAUCACGGUAUUGACCAUGGUCGGCUACACGGCCUUUACCAUCUGGACCACGGCGUGGCGGACCAAAUUCCGCCGCCAGGCCAAUGCCGCCGACAACAAGGCGUCUACCGUGUCCGUGGACUCGCUCAUCAACUACGAGGCCGUCAAAUACUUCAACAAUGAAAAGUUUGAGGUGGCGCGAUACGACAAGGCCUUGCAAGGGUAUGAGAAGAGCUCUAUCAAGGUGGCCACGUCCCUGGCCAUGCUGAACAGCGGCCAGAACAUCAUCUUCUCGUCUGCGCUAACGGGCAUGAUGUACCUGGCGGCCAACGGCGUGGCGCAGGGCACGCUCACGGUGGGUGAUCUCGUCAUGGUGAACCAGCUCGUCUUCCAGCUGUCGGUGCCCCUCAACUUCCUGGGGUCGGUCUACCGGGAGCUGAGGCAGUCCCUGCUGGACAUGGAAACACUAUUCAACCUGCAAAAGGUCAACGUUACCAUCAAAGACGCGCCGAAUGCGAAGCCGCUGGCCCUCCAGACCGGCGAGAUCAAGUUCCAGAAUGUAGACUUUGGCUACCACCCAGAACGACCCAUCCUGCGGGACCUGACGCUCACCAUCCCAGGCGGCAAGAAGGUCGCCAUCGUUGGCCCCAGUGGCUGUGGGAAGUCCACGCUGCUACGCCUGCUCUUCCGCUCCUACGACGUCGAGAACGGUCGCAUCCUCAUUGACGACCAGGACAUCCGUUCCGUACAGGUCGACUCGCUGCGGCGGUCCAUUGGUGUCGUUCCGCAAGACACGCCCCUGUUCAACGACACAGUCGAGCACAACAUUCGCUACGGCAAGAUCGACGCAACCAACGAGCAGGUCAUUGCCGCCGCGCAGCGCGCCCGCAUCCACGACACCAUCGCCCGCUUUCCCGAAGGCUACGAGACCAAGGUCGGCGAGCGCGGCAUGAUGAUCUCGGGCGGCGAGAAGCAGCGUCUCGCCAUGUCACGCAUCCUGCUCAAGGACCCGCCGCUGCUGUUCUUUGACGAGGCCACGAGUGCACUGGACACGCAUACCGAGCAGGCCCUGAUGAACAACAUCAACAGCAUCCUGCGCGAAAAGGGGCGGACCAGCGUCUUUGUCGCGCACAGGCUGCGCACCAUCUUUGACUCGGAUCUGAUCAUUGUGCUCAAGGAGGGACGGGUCGCGGAGCAGGGUACGCACAGGGAGCUUAUUGACCGGGACGGCGUCUACGCAGAGCUCUGGAGUGCCCAGGAAACCCUGUUCAACGAGGAGGGUGAAAAGACGGAGGCCAGCAAGGAACAGAAGUAG